AAAUUAGCCAACGCCCAACAAAGUCGUUGUACAGCGGUCAGUUGUUCAAGGAAAGUAGAGAGAGAGAGCAGGAAUUCGACCGAUUAACAAAAUAGCAAAUGGCGAUAUUGUACGCGGUGGUUGCGAGAGGAACCACCGUGCUGUCGGAGUUCUGCGCCGUUACCGGCAACAUCGGUGCCGUGGCUCGCCGUAUUCUUGAAAAACUUCCGUCGGAAGCUGAUUCCCGUCUUUGUUUCUCACAAGAUCGGUAUAUCUUUCAUAUUUAUCGGGCCGAUGGUCUUACCUUCCUCUGUAUGGCCAAUGAUACCUUCGGCAGACGUAUCCCGUUUUCAUAUUUAGAGGAGAUUCAUAUGCGGUUCAUGAAAAAUUAUAGCAAAAUAGCCCAGCAUGCACCUGCUUACGCUGUGAACGAUGAGUUUUCAAGAGUUUUGCAUCAGCAAAUGGAGUUCUUUUCCAGCAGCCCUUCAGCAGAUACUAUAAAUCGUGUCAGAGGUGAAGUUAACGAGAUUCGGACAAUUAUGGUAGAAAAUAUCGAAAAGAUACUGGAGAGAGGUGACAGAAUUGAGCUCCUUGUAGAUAAAACUGCAACGAUGCAAGAUAGUGCUUUCCAUUUCAGGAAACAGUCGAAGCGUCUUCGUCGUGCCCUCUGGAUGAAAAAUGCCAAGUUGCUGGUUUGGCUGACAUGCUUGCUGGUUGUACUUCUGUUUAUUAUAAUUGCUGCUUGCUGCGGAGGUCUUACUCUGCCAAAUUGCAGAUCUUAGCUAGUUGUCUUUCUGGCAUCAUUUCUGAAGUUAUUCACAGGUCUUUGUCAGUUGUUUAUCUCUUGUAAGAGAGGCGAUUCCGCGACUGUGUUACCCUACAUGUUUGGGAUGUCAAGAUGUGUUUGUUCCUCUCUGAAAGUCUGUACAAAAAAAAAAAAAAAAAAAUAAAAAAAUAAAAAAAAAAAAAAUAAAAAAACUGAAUUACAUUUCCACAUUUAUCAAAAUGCGUGCAUGUCUCAUACUGUAUUUGCUUGAUUUACACGAAAUACGUAGUAUGUGAAUAUGGAUCGUUUCUGCAGUUGUCUUA